GCCCGGAAGCAGGAAGACGCACAUGGACACACGGUCGGGGACGCAGUCUUCUGUCUUUAAAGAAAAGUGACUUGUGACUUGCCGUGUCCUAUUAAUACCGUCAUGCUUUCAGUUGAUAAUCUAUAUUGAAGAUUAACAUUCAAGUUUACGCGUUUGUAGCGGUGUUCACCUACUCAUUCUCCAAGGUCACUGGUGUAGGAGCUAAUCCUCCAACACAUGCGGUUGUUGUAACGUUGUAACGAAAGCUGGAAUAUGGCCGGGCUUAUAAACUUUGAAGAUGAGAACGAAGUCAAGCAGUAUUUGGACAAUUUGGGAGUGGAGUACAGCUUCCAGUGCCACAGUGAGAAAGAUCCGGAAGGGUGUCAAAGACUUGCAGACUACUUUGAAGCAGUGAAGAAAAACUAUGAAUCUGCAGCACAAGUGCUCAAACAUAACUGUAAAACAAAUGGAUAUGGAGAGAGCUGCUAUAAACUGGGCGCUUACCACAUCACGGGAAAAGGUGCAGUGCCCAAGUGUCUGAAGAGUGCCUACACCUGCUUCAUGCACUCCUGCAAAGUUGGAGGAAAGAGGUCUGUGGACGCUUGCCACAACGUUGGCCUGUUAGUCCAGGACGGACGAGCUAUAGAAGGAGAACCCGACAUUGCUGCGGCUCGACAGUACUAUGAGAAGGCGUGCGCAGGUGGCUUCGCUCCCUCGUGCUUCAACCUCAGUACUUUGUUCAUUAAGGGCAACUCCGCAGGGCUGGCACCGGACAUGACCCAAGCGUUAAAGUACGCUAACAGAGCUUGUGACUUGGGCCACGUGUGGGGCUGUGCCAACGCCAGUCGCAUGUACAAACUUGGGGAUGGUACGGAGAAGGAUGAGAAGAAAGCGGAGGAGCUGAAGAAUCGAGCGAAGGAGCUUCAUAAUUUUGAAAAUGAUCGACAGCUGAAAUUUGGGGAGUGAACGUGAUACACUUUAUUAUAUUUUUGUUUUAGUUUAUCUGCCUGUGGAGGUUAGUGAAGUUAGUCCUAAGAAUGUGUAAAUUAUGGAAAAUGUUAAAUAAAAUGAGAAUAAACUCUG